AUGAAGGGUGCGCCCGUAGGAAGCGGUGGGUCGGAGGGUAAGGGGUCGAAAGCAGGGGGCGGGCCUGGCUGGGCGCUGCUGAGCACAAAGCUUCCCGCGAAACUGACGUCGGCGCGCGCCGGCCGCGCAGGCACCGCCCCUCCACUUCGCCCCUCCCCCGCGCCCGCCAGGCCCCUUCAGCACGCUUGCGCGUUUGCCUUUCUCUCAUUGGCCGCCGUGCGUCGGCCCGCGCCGCUCGGCGCAGUGCGCGUGGGGGCGCAGGCCGGGGUCCCGAGCGCACCCUCCGCGGGCCGGGCCGCUCCCGCCCCGGGUGGAGGCCGCAGUCGGCCUGCCCUCGGUCCCGUGAACCCCGAGGGGCUCCGGCGCCCGGGCGGCGUUCACCUGCCGCUCCUCCAGGUGCCGUCUACGAGUCGGGCCUGGCCGGGCUCCGGGCUGCACCUGCGCCGCUCCGGGCGCGCAACUCUGGCCAGCCCCUCACGUGGACUGCGGGCAGAGAGUAGCUGGCCCGUUGGUGGCCUCACUCGGGUGGGGUCCCGCCGCGGGCCUCCGUGCUCCCAGGCUCAGCCUUUUGAAGAGCCAGCCUUGUGCCCCGCCUCCCCGAAUGGGUGCCGCGUUUCCGCCACCGGAGACUGCAGUUUCUGGUGGGAAGAGGAGUGGAGGCAGAGGAGGGAAGCGAAUGGGACCCGUAUGUCCGUAGGGAGUGAGCUCUCCGAGACCUCUCUGUUUUGGGCUGGGUUAGCUCUCACACGUCCUAAGCUAGCCGAGACCAAGUAUACACUGAUCGAUGAGCAGGACAUCCCUCUGGUGGAGAGCUUCUCCUUCGAGGCCCGGAUGGAAGUAGAUGCUGAUGGAAAUGGUGCCAAGAUAUUCGCUUAUGCCUUUGACAAGAACCGAGGACGAGGCUCUGGGCGGCUGCUACAUGAGUUGUUGUGGGAGCGGCACAGGGGUGGCGUGGCCCCCGGUUUCCAGGUGGUGCACCUCAAUGCUGUGACUGUGGACAACCGGCUGGACAACCUGCAGCUGGUGCCCUGGGGUUGGCGGCCCAAGGCCGAGGAGCUCUCCAGCAAGCAGAGGGAGCAGAGCUUGUACUGGCUGGCGAUUCAGCAGCUUCCCACGGACCCCAUUGAGGAACAGUUCCCUGUUCUGAAUGUCACCCGGUACUACAACGCCAAUGGGGACGUGGUGGAGGAGGAGGAGAAUUCCUGCACCUACUAUGAAUGCCACUACCCUCCCUGCACCAUGAUGGAGAAGCAGCUCCGGGAGUUCAACAUCUGUGGGCGGUGCCAGGUGGCCCGUUACUGCGGCUCGCAGUGCCAGCAGAAGGAUUGGGCCGCCCACAAGAAGCACUGCCGAGAGAAGAAACGCCCUUGUCCGCAUGAGCUGGAGCCGGAGCGGUGA